AUGGGGCUCAGCAUUUUUUUGCUCCUGUGUGUUCUUGGGCUCAGCCAGGCAAACACACAGAAGAUCGUUGGUGGUAGCGAGUGUGUGCGUAACUCGCAGCCUUGGCAGGUGGGGCUGUUUGAGGGUGCCAACCUGCGCUGUGGGGGGGUCCUCAUUGGCCGCAGGUGGGUCCUCACAGCUGCUCACUGCAGUGGCAGUAGGUACUGGGUGCGCCUGGGGGAACACAGCCUCAGCCGGCUAGACUGGACAGAGCAGAUCCGGCGCAGCAGCUUCUCUGUGACCCACCCCAGCUACCAGGGAGCCCAGCAGAGCCAUGACCAUGAUCUCCGGCUUCUGCGGCUUAACACGCCUGUCCGCUUGACCCGCAGUGUCCAGCCCCUGGCCCUGCCCAGCACUUGUGCAACCACUGGCACUGAGUGCCAUGUCUCAGGCUGGGGCACCACCAACCAGCCAUGGAGCCCAUUUCCAGACCUGCUCCAGUGCCUCAACCUUUCCAUUGUCUCUGAUGCCACCUGCCGUGCUGUGUUCCCUGGGAGAAUCACAGAAAAUAUGCUGUGUGCAGGCGGCAUCGCCGGGAAGGAUGCCUGUCAGGGUGACUCUGGGGGCCCCCUGGUGUGUGGGGGAGUCCUUCAGGGUCUGGUGUCCUGGGGAUCCGUGGAGCCUUGUGGGCAAGAAGGCAUCCCAGGGGUCUACACCAAUGUUUGCAAUCCCACGAAUGUCGCUGUGGGAAUGUCUUGGAAUCCCAACUCCAGCAAGCCCUUCCAGGACUCAUCCCGGGUCCUGGCCAUGAGACCCCCGCACCUCCACCUCUCCGCCGCCUCCGGCGCCCGGGCCCUGGUGAAGCUGCUGCUGCCUCUGCUGAUGGCGCAACUCUGGGCCGCGGAGGCGCUGCUCCCUAUAAACGGCACUGGCUCGGACCUUGCGGCUUCCGGCGCCCCGUGCGCGCGCGGCUCGCAGCCCUGGCACGUCUCCCUCUUCAAUGGCCUCUCGUUCCACUGCGCGGGCGUCCUGGUGGACCAAAGUUGGGUGCUCACGGCCGCGCACUGCGUGAACAACAAGCCACUGUGGGCUCGAAUCGGGGAUGACCACCUGCUGCUUCUCCAGGGCGAGCAGCUCCGCAGAACCACUCAUCCUGUUAUCCACCCCAAGUACCGCCAGGGCUCAGGCCCCAUCCUGCCAAGGCGCACAGAUGAGCACGAUCUCAUGCUGCUGAAGCUGGCCAGGCCUGCUGUGCUGGGACCUCGCAUCCAGGCCCUGCGGCUGCCCUAUCGCUGUGCCCAGCCUGGAGACCAGUGCCAUGUUGCUGGGUGGGGUACCACGGCCACCAAAAGAGUGAAGUACAACAAGGGCCUGAGCUGCUCCGGGGUCACUAUCCUGAGCCCUAAAGAGUGUGAGGUCUUCUACCCUGGUGUGGUCACCAACAACAUGAUGUGUGCUGGACUGGACCAGGGCCAGGACCCUUGCCAGAGUGACUCAGGUGGACCCCUGGUCUGCGAUGAGACCCUGCAGGGCAUUCUUUCAUGGGGCGUUUAUCCCUGUGGCUCUGUCCAGCAUCCAGCUGUCUACACCCAGAUCUGCAAAUACAUCCCCUGGAUCGAGAAAACCAUACGCUCCAACUGAUCCAUACACCCAGAGACCCCUUCAUCAUCUGUCCUUUUCCUCAGACUCCCGCCCUUCCUCCCCAGCUGGCUGGGCUCUCCACCUGCACUGCUCAAAUCUUCGCUGCCCAUCCGUACCUGUUGACACCUCACCUCUUCCCUCAUUCCCCCUGCCCACUCCCAUUCUCUACCCACACUGACGCCGAAGAGCAGAAAGUGGUGGCGAAGAUUUGUUCAAGAGAAGCAAGGAAGCCGGUGGCCACCCAGCCUCUGAGAGAAAUUGUAAUCACCCAGCCCAGCUUCCUGUACCACUCUCUGCUGUGUAAUCUUGGCCAAGCCAAGUAUCCUCUCUGAACCUUGGUUUCCUCACCUGCAAAAUGGGAACAAUGAAGUGCCCACCUCUUAGGUGUGUUGUGAGGAGACCAUGAUAUAACGUGUGUAUGUAAAUCUUUGUAGUAAUUGUCACGUAAGCCUUAACACAGUGGGUGGUGAGCUCUGACUAAAUGUUA